AUGGAUCACCUAUUCCUACUUCGGGCCAACAGGAGGAGAGGCGUGCUGUUGGCUAUGGGUAUCUUGGUGAUCUUUGGGCUGGCGGUACACUCUUGGCUGUUCUACUUCCCGUCGACUAGUGACUUGGCUUUCCGCUCGUCUCUCUCGGCUCCAUUACCGACGAAGCUUUCCGAAAACACACCGCAGCUGAUGCACCACCUGUGGAAGCCCUUCCUCCACGAACUCAAAGCCACUCAGUUCAUAUCGAAAGAAGGAUACAAAUACAAGAUCAACAGCAACAACCAUAAAUGGCGACCCUUGAAGAAGAAGCUGCUUAUCCUAGAUGUGGAUACCCGAUUGGACCAAGGCGCUGGGGCCAUGAUGAACACGUCGUCACCCUUGAACGCCGAUGAGAUGACUGGCAGGACAGCUGGGAUGAUGAACCACUAUUUAUACGCUAUGAUCCAUGGUUACGACUACCAGUUUAUCCGAGCCCCCAACUAUCGCAACCGUCAUGGGACAUGGGUGAAAGUCCCAAUGAUCAAGGAAGCUCUCAAGACUCACGAGACUGUCGUGUUCCUUGAUGCCGACGCUGUUUUUAUGUAUCCGGAGAUGCCCUUUGAAUGGCUUAUGAGUUUAUGGAACAUCACAGACAAGACCCUUCUUGCUAUGUCCAACGACCCUGACUCACCAAAAAACCGCGACGCCAAAGGAAAAGUCAUGAUGAAUACAGGUUUCAUUAUUGCUCGACAAAGCAACCGAACGCAAGAACUUUUCCACGAUUGGAACCAAUGCCCAACUGAGAAGAAAUACAAGGGUUGUGCGAGAUGGGCAAAGGACUGGGCACACGAACAAGCGGCGUUUUCCAACUAUGUCCGCUAUGAUUACAACGCAACGGAUGACGUACAGACGAUUCCAUGUAUGGACGGAAAUGGCAGUCCCUACAUUGGGGACAAGACAUGUGGCGGAGUCUUCAUUCGUCAUCAUUGGUUCCACAAAGAUUAUCCCGCAAACGACCUUCGACAGCUUCUACUUGACAUGCUUGUGAAGCGAAUACACGCCGGGUUUCAUCAUGCGCAGGAACAGAAUUUCAUAGACGCGAGCCAUUAUACCCAUCCGCUCAACAACAUGAAGAAUAUGUAG